AUGCGGCUUAAAACUGAAUCCUCCUUAAAUUCCAAAAUCAUUACCUAUGAUAAUAUAAAUCCCCUUAUUAAGAAGGUAGAAUAUGCGGUUCGUGGUGAAUUGGCAAUUCAAGCCGAAAGAAUCAAGGAACAACUUAAAAAAGAAGAAAAUUUGGGAUUUGACGCUGUUGUCAAUUGCAACAUCGGAAAUCCGCAACAACUCACGCAACGACCAAUUACUUUUUUUCGUCAGGUUUCCUCUUUAACUGAAUAUCCCGAACUUUUGUCACCUGAAAAUCGAAGUCAAGUAGAAAAACUUUUCCCACCUGAUGCUAUAGAACAUGCACAAACAUUAUUGAAACAAAUUGGGAGUGUUGGGGCCUAUUCUCAUUCGCAAGGAAUUUAUUACAUAAGAAAAAAUGUUUCAAAAUUUAUUGAAGAACGAGAUGGUUAUCCAUCAGAUCCCAACAAUAUUUUUUUGACUCAAGGUGCUUCUUCAGGUGUACAAAACGUAUUGCACCUUAUAAUCUCUCAUCCUAAUGUUGGUAUCAUGAUACCUAUUCCACAAUAUCCUCUCUAUUCUGCCACUAUUUCACUUUUUGAUGCCAACGCUGUACAUUAUUAUUUAAAUGAAGAAAAUAAUUGGGCUUUGGAUAUUGAUCAAUUAAAUUCCUCACUUGCUGAAGGACGAGCAAAAGGAUACGAAGUUCGUGCUCUAGUCAUAAUUAAUCCAGGAAAUCCGACCGGACAAUGUUUGACGGAACAAAAUAUGCGAGAAAUUAUUGAAUUUUGUCAUAAAGAACGUAUUGUUCUUUUAGCUGAUGAAGUUUACCAAGCCAACAUAUAUCAACCUAAGGAAUAUCCAUUCCAUUCUUUUAAGAAAGUGCUCAGAUCUAUGGAUAGUAAAUAUGAUCAAUUUGAACUUUUUUCUUUUCAUUCAAUUUCUAAAGGAAUGGUAGGAGAAUGUGGGAGACGGGGUGGUUAUUAUGAAUGUACUGGAAUUGAUCAAAAAGUUAUUGAUCAAUUGUAUAAAAUUUCCUCAGUUAGUCUUUGUCCAAAUGUUCAAGGUCAAAUUAUGGUAGAUUUGAUGGUAAAUCCACCAAAACCUGGUGAUCCUAGUUAUGAGUUAUAUCAAAAAGAAAUGGAUGAAAUAUAUAAAAGUUUGAUAAGACGAAGUAGAAAAUUAUGUGAUGUAUUUAAUAGUAUGGAAAAUAUGGAAUGUAAUGAUGCACAGGGAUCAAUGUAUCUAUUUCCCCGUAUUCAUCUUCCUGAAAAAGCAAUUGAAGCCGCUCUUAAAGAUGGAAAACAACCUGAUGAAUUUUAUUGUUUGGCCAUGCUUAAUGCUACUGGAAUUUGUGUAGUACCUGGUAGUGGAUUUGGUCAAAAAGAAAAUAGCUGGCAUUUACGUAGUACAUUUUUACCACCUGAAGAAUUAUUUGAUGUAAUUUGUUCAAGAUUGGAAAAGUUUCAUAAGGAAUUUCUAAAAAAAUAUCGUUAA